AAGUUGGUGGCGCGCUGGAGGAAGCAUGGGGGUGAAGCUGGAAAUACUAAGGAUGCUGCUCUACCUUUCCUUCCCGGUGGGGCUGUUCUGGGUCUCCAACCAGGCCGAGUACUUCCAGCGUCACGUGGUGCAGCGCAGGAGGGAGAUUUUUCCUCCGGACAACCCCGAGCGGCGCCAGGCAAUGGCGGCGCUGAAGCAGCGGCUGCGGGAGGGGAAGGAGCCCCGGGACUGAUGGAGGGGACCCAGGGAGCUGGGGGGGCCUCAUCCUGCCCCAUGGAGC